UUCUCAUCUCUCAUCUUCAACAGACCGGACCGAGCAACUUUUUUUUUUUCCUUCACCUUCCUUUCUUUCAACCUUCUCGUCUCUCGCUCGGACGUUACAAAUCAUGGCCGUCAUUGUCCAGCUGGUUCAGGGCCUGCAGACUCUGGCAGGAAAUCUCACCAAUCCCGCCAACCUCACCCAGAUCCUGUCAACGCUCGCCAUCGGUAUCGUAGUCAUCCUCAUCCUGAUUCAAAUUGCACAACGAAUCAAUGUUAAUAAAAACGCACCACCCGAGGUCCCUUACUGGAUCCCUUAUCUCGGAUCAGCCAUUUCUUUCAGUCUCAACCCUCUCAAGUUCUAUGAUGAUAAUCGUAAAAAAUAUGGCGAUGUCUUUACUUACACCAUGGUCGGUCGCAAGUUCACGGUCUGUCUGGGUAUAGAAGGAAACAACUUUGUGUUCAACGCAAAACUGGCGGAUGUCUCUGCAGAAGAAUCAUACAAACCCUUGACCACCCCUGUGUUCGGUAAAGGUGUCGUUUACGAUUGCCCCAACAACAUGUUGAUGGAACAAAAGAGGUUUGUCAAAUGGGGAAUGACCAACGAUGCCUUCAGAGCCUAUGUUUCUGAAAUAGAGGAGGAGACCAGGGAGUACUUCAAGCGUUGGAAUAACAAGGUCGGCGGUAGAGGCGAUCUCUUUACAGCCAUGGGAGAAUUGAUCAUUAACACUGCAUCGCGUACCUUGUUGGGACCUGAAAUUCGUGCCCUGAUGGAUGAAUCUGUUGCUCAGCUUUACCACGAUCUUGAUGGCGGGUUCCAACCUAUCAACAUGUUCUUUGAAUGGCUUCCUCUGCCCUCAUACUUCCGCCGUGACAAUGCUCACGAAAAGAUGCGCGCCAUUUUCAUGAAAGUCAUUGAAGAGCGCCGUGCCAACAAUGUCACCAACAAGACCGAUAUGCUUCAAUCAUUGAUGAACCAGACCUACAAGGAUGGAACACCCUUCACUGACAGAGAUGCUUGCCAUUUGAUGAUCGCUCUUUUGAUGGCUGGCCAGCAUACUUCCUCCACCACAGCUACCUGGGCCCUCUUGUUCUUGGCAGAAAACCCUCAGAUCCUCAAGGAGUUGGUUGAAGAGCAAAAAGAUGUUCUUGGAUCACUUGAUGCUCCCUUGACCUUUGACCAUUUGAAAUCCAUGACUCUGCUCGACAAUGUUAUCCGUGAAACUCUUCGGCUUCGCCCACCAAUCAUUAUGAUCCUUCGCAAGGUCUUGCGUCCCAUUACAUUUCCUGGUACUGACUAUGUGAUUCCAAAGGGCAACUACAUUGCUGCAUCACCCAUUGCUACACAAGUGGAUGAGCAGUACUACAAGGACGCCACCAAGUUUGAUCCUCACCGCUGGGAAACCAUUGUGGAGGAGGAGACUGGUGAGACUGUUGAUUAUGGUUUUGGAAAGAUUGCAGGUGGUGGUGCCAGGAACCCAAGUUUACCCUUCGGCGCUGGUCGUCAUCGUUGCAUCGGAGAGGCUUUUGCAUAUGUCCAGCUCAAGGCAGUGAUCUCGACCUUUGUUCGCAUGUACGAUCUUUCGCUGACAGAGAAGGGUAUGCCUGGCUCUGACUUCACAAAGAUGUUUGUCCAGCCAGUUUUGCCCGUCGAGAUCAACUACACACCUAGAAAGUAAAGGAGAAAGGAAAAGGAAGGAUCUCUCACUUACAUAUAAUUCAUGUAUACACACAACUCAUACAAUACGUUCAUAUAUGCGC